UCCGACUCCUGGUUCAUCCGGUAUUUGGCACCCCUGAGCAGUACCGCUUCCGACGUACCAUCUUUCCAGUCAAGCAAAAGUGUUUUUCAAGAUUAGUCUUAUUUAACAUAAUUUUUAUUAAUGUCAGAGCCACAGUCCGCGCUUCUACUAAGAAAACAGUUAGCAGAAUUAAAUAAAAACCCGGUAGAAGGGUUUUCAGCAGGCCUCAUAGAUGACAAUGACAUAUAUCGAUGGGAAGUGCUCAUUAUUGGACCUCCGGAUACAUUGUAUGAGGGUGGUUUCUUCAAAGCGCAUUUGCAAUUCCCCAAAGAGUAUCCACUCAGGCCGCCAAGAAUGAAAUUCAUAACAGAAAUAUGGCACCCAAACAUUGAAAAGAAUGGUGACGUGUGCAUAUCGAUCCUGCAUGAGCCAGGAGAUGAUAAGUGGGGCUACGAAAAAGCGUCAGAACGAUGGCUACCCGUUCACACGGUUGAAACAAUUCUCAUAAGCGUUAUCAGCAUGCUUGCUGAUCCGAAUGACGAGAGUCCCGCCAAUGUUGAUGCCGCCAAAGAGUGGAGGGAAAGUUAUACGGAGUUCAAGCGAAAGGUGGCAAGGUGCGUUCGAAAAAGCCAAGAAGAGUGUUUGUAGGGGAAGAACGAAUAUUCAGACGGAAAGACUUAUUUAAUUCUGUUGAGAUAUAUCGAUCGGUAGCAGGGAAUUAAGUGUGACUCACGAAAUUGCUGGAGACACUGCUUGGACCGCUCGGCUCUGCACGUUAGUUCCGUUUCGGCCUAUAUAGAUGGGCGUUAUCGCACAUUGGAUGAAAUCCUCGAAUACGUUUUGCAUUGUUAGUUGGCAUAAGAGGGGGGAAUAUGUGGCAAAGAAACAAUAGUUAUCAAUGUAUGUGAAAAAAUUCACAGGGAAACUACGCACUGUAGGGCAUAAAAACAAGCGAAGCAUGCAGCUAGUGGAUAAACGGUGCCACUGAACACGGAUUAAAGAUACCUGGCCGAGACACCUCGCAUUUCGCAGAGCUGUGUUGAGACGCCGGAUCACCAACCUACCAUCCAUCAACAUGAGGAAAAUACAUAAAAACCACACAGCUCACCUUUUACAUAAUAAACUAAAACUAAUUUACAAUUAUACAUAAUAGAAAUCAUCUGUACCAAUAAUACCCUAAUAUUAAUAGUUAUUGUAAACUUAACCCCCGCUGCCCUCCGCCCUUUGCCUCCCUGCCCAGCGCCCUGUAAUUUAAAAUAUGUUUACGUUUAUCACUCAACAAUAUUCCUUAGCGUCGUUUCGUAUUUUCUUACUUUCGUAUAUAAAUAAAUUUUUGUAAAGUCAAAAGAAGCAAGAAUCGUUGACGUAAGCCAGUGAAAAUACACAAUGUGAAUUACAUUUAUAUUAUACUAUCGUAUUAUUAAUGAUGAUAUCAGGUAUGAUUGCAAUGACAUGAGUACAUACCUAAUACGAAUUUUUGCCGAACCGUAAGUUGCCAAAAUAACGAACGCUAGUUAGAAUAAUAAUAACUAUAAUUAUUAGUUCAAUUAAUCAUAAGUGCACUGGUACAUACGCUAUCAAACUCGCGUUGUACCCGUUCUUCGUCAUCGUGGUGGCCCAAUUUUUCCUUUCCCUGUCCAUUUCGAACCCAACCUCUUCCUACCCCUUUCCCCAUCCCCGACUUGCGGUUCUACUACAAACUUAGGUUGAAAUUGAAGCAACUUGUCCAACUAUAUAUUAAUAUUGUCAAUUAAAUUUUAAAUCUGAA